AGGAUGAGGGAGAGACCUUGAUCUCGCCUUGCCUUGGAGCCAAGCACACCAGUGACGCUUCCCGGAGCUGGAUUUUUCGGAGAUUAUUGGUUUUUAGCUGUUGGCUGGAGGUGUCUGCUUCGGACUUAGGCCGGCAUGUUCCCUCUUAUUCCGUGGUCGUUGGGCAUUUCUCGUGACAACGUUCACUGAUACGAGAAUUUCAUUCUUGCAGCUCCUCACUGCAUGACUGUUUGGCUGCCCGCUGCACGACUCUUUACCAGCGAUCCUGGCGGUAGUCAUGGCUGACGUAGCAGCUAAGCCAGCUUCCGCUGGUGCCAAGAAGAACGAAUUAGCUCAAGCUGGCCGAAGAAAGCUCGAGGAGUUUCGCAAGAAGAAAGCAGCAGCGGCAGCGACAGCGUCUGCGCCUUCUCAAGCUGCAUCCCCCGCUGCAUCUAAGCCAGCAGCCAAGUCCAUUCCUGCGGGAAAUCCCGCUCCGUCUCAGCCGGCGGCACCACCUCGCAUCACAGCCGCUACUCCGCCUGCUAUAGGCCCACCCGCGUUUCAGUCACAUCCGAAUUCCUUCCCUCCGCCUGCUCUAACCCGACCGCUGGCUCAGCCAGGGCUAGCACAGGCUCCGACUGCCCUUCCCACGUUUAGAUCCGCCACGUUCGGAUCUCCCCUCACUCCCUUCUGGCAGCAAUCUCAGCCGUCAACAUCAGCCGCUAACGGCCUUCCCCACCCUCCCGGACCCCCAGUUUCUGACGCAGCCAAUGCCGCCGCUCCACCUGUACCGUCGUCGGGAUUUCCCGCCGCGUCUGUCGCGUCGAGGCCGACCACGGGGAUGCAGCCACUCCCAUUUGCGGCGAAGGGACCGCUGGUAACUUUCGCGAAACCUAACGCGGUUACAGGUCCCGGGGUUGCGGGUACAGGUCCCCCUCCUUCCGCGCUUUUUUCUGGAUCCAGGGCUCCGGCGCAACCUUCCCUCGCGCGGACGUUCUCCCCCCCGCGAGAGCCUUCUUAUCCCGCGCAACCUGCUUCCCGGUCCGCUCUUGCGCCAGGCCCGCGAGCUGCGCCUCCGCCGCCUCCGCUCGCGCGCACCUUUUCCCCACCCGCGGAAGCGUCGCAAGCGCAGAAGUCCGGUGCUCCGCCUCCGCCCGCCUUCCUAGGUGCGCCUAGCCACACUACUUCAUCCAGCACAACCGCUGCGCCUAUCGCGGCCGCCAAGUCUUCCCUCCUCCGCCCCGCGCUUGGUGGGCAGCCCUCCCGCGUGUCCCCCCCUCCUCCCGCCUUCUCCGCGCCCCCGCCAAUGAAGGUCGGAGGAGGCGCGGACGGCGGACGGCCCCGUCCGGAUUGGAUGGGGGGAGGCCCGAAUCAAGGCAAAGGGAUGGGGCCGCUAUGGGGGUUGCAGGGUAGCAGCACUGGCGGUGUCAGCAGCAGUAGCAGCAGUAGCAGCAGUAGCAGCAGCAGCAGCAGCAGCAGCAGUAGAGGUAGCAGCAGCAGCACCAGCAGCAGUAGCAGAAGUAGCGGCAAUAGCAGCGAUACGGCUUCAGCUUCAGCUUUUGCUGGUUCGCCUGGGUUUCCCGAAACCUCCUCCUCUACCCCCUACUCUGCAGCUACGUUUUCUGCUGUGGGAGCUGGUAGCAGCGCGGUCAAGAGCGGUGGAGGGGCGGAAAGAGACACAGAGCUACUGAGCAGUGGCCAGCAGAAGGAGAAGGACAAGGCUGCGGGACUGGCUCGAGUAGGCACGGCUGGGGGGGAAGCAGCAGGGCCGGGAUCAGCGUCGGAUCAUUGUACCGGGGCACGAGACAGUGAACGCCAAAGAAGAGAAGCAGAGGCAGGUGUGGGCGGAGGGGAGCGAUCAUCGCAAGGGCGAAUGGGGGGGUUUGCGGGGAAGGCGGAGAGGGAGGAUGACGCAGACGCUGAGAGCUUCUUCGAUUCGCUCUCUCCCGCGGGCUCCUCUCCGAGCCCAGUGAAGCCUGCAGCUGCUGCUCCUAAUGCUGCAGGGGACGAGGGGUCUGUGCAACCCGCCUCUUCGUCUGCUGCGGCCAUGGCUGCUGUUUCUCCUCUCCCUGCUGUUGCUGGUCCUGCGGUUACUGCUGCGGCUGCUGCUUUUGAGGCGGCCUCAGCUUCUGCUGCUCAGACGCCCACCCUUGACUCGACUGUCCCCGUUAUGCGGGACUCGUUACAAGAGCAGGACUUGCUGUCCUCUGAGGUGCUGUCACCUGGCGAUAGCGAAUUCAAGGCGCAACAGGGUCGGUGGGCAGGAGAACCGAGGGAAGCAGAAAGUGAGGCAUACAGCAGUGCUGCGGAUGAUUCGCCCUCAGAUUCCACUUUAGGGAAGCAGUCUGGUAGCGCCGACGCUACAGGUGGUGCGUAUGCUGCGUCUUCUGACCAAUCCACUCUAUUGGACAGCUCCUAUUCUACCUCCAGUGACUCUCUUCAAGGGUCAUCUGCCUCUGCUCCGCCCCUCGUUCCCCCUCCACUCCCCCCCUCCUCCCUUCCGCCUCCCCCUGUGCUUCCAUUCCUUUCAAAGCCGUCAGCACCCUCCACUGCACAAUCCACCUCAGUGGCAAAGCCUGCUCGUGCGUCCUUCCUCCCCUCCGCCUACACCUCCGCUCUCCCCACCUCCUCCACUCCCUCCGCCUCUCCCUCUGUCUUCAUCCCCUCUCGUGGACCUCAACUCUUGGCCGCAGCUUCUGCUGCUAUAGCUGAUGUCAACUCGCCCAUUGCCUCGCUUGUCACUUCCUCCCCUGUGUCUACCGCUUCCGACCUUGUCUCCACUACCGAAAGCCCAGCCCCCGCCAGCCAGUCACCUGUUGAUUGGCGUCAAGAGCACGCUGCUUCAAACGCCGGUACGAGUCCUGAUGCCGCCGCUUUUGGCGCGUCUAGGCCUGGUUCCCUGCGGCUUGAGGCGGCUGAAGGCGCUGUUGUGGGUGAUGUGAGCUCCCCUAGACCGAUGCCAGCUUCUGAGUCAGCUUUGCACGGUCUGACUGCAGAAAACGCUGAGCCUUCUCCAGUUAGUAAUGAGUCCUCGGGGGCUAAUGAUCCGGUUUCCCCUAAGACGCUGCCACAGGAGGAGUCACACGCCCCUGAGAAGCUGAAGUCUCCAGAAAGACCCAAGUCUUCGGCUUUCGCCCGCCUGUUCUCGGCCGCUCUUUCCCCCGCUCGCGGAAUGAUGAGGGGCGAAAACGGCAAGGGCAGAGGGAGCGAGGGUAGGGUUUCCGAGGGAGAGGAGCAGGGGGGGCAGGCAGGGCUUUCAGAGGGGUUGAGAGUGGCGGAGGUAGAAAAUGGCGGAACAGGACUGGACAGUGUGGAAGCAGCGGGAGAACGAGGAGCAGUGGGAGCAGCAGACGGAGCAGGGACCUCUAGCCAGGCAGCAGUGGGGUCGGGAGCGGUGAAGGACGUAUUGGCAGGGGUUGGAGGAGGUGGCGAGGAGCGGGGACAGUUAAUGACUGAGAAUGGUGAAGGCAGUCGUGAGCAGGAGAAUGGGGGGCGUGGGCAGGCAAAGGGAGGUGAGGCGAGGGGGCAGGAAACGAGGGAGGACGUGCAGCAGAGAGAGGGUGCUGCAGGCAGCGGGCGAGAGGGGGAGGAAGGGGAGGAAGGGGAGGAGGGCGAGGGGGAGGGUGGAGGGAAGAGCGAGCAGCAGAGAGGGGAUGGAGUAGCAGCAGGUCGCGAAGCUUCGUCCCGCCGUCGCCCCAAGUCUAUUUCUUCCUGGUGGAAUAUCAUUGCCCCUGCACCCAGAUCCGAGGAAAGGGCCGGCGGGGCAAAGGGGGCGGAGGCAGGGGUUCGAGAAGCGGAGGAGGAGGAGGAGGAGGAGGAGGAUGAUUGGGGCGGGAAGCUCCUGGCUAGCAAGGGUAACCUGGGGGGCCAGGGUCUAGGGGCGGGAAAGAGUCUGUCAGCCUCGGAUCUGAUCAACGUGGGUCAGGCUAGGAAGGGGGGGGAGGAUGGGAAGGUGGGGGGAGAUAUGAAGAUGGGGAGUGAUGAUAUGCCAGCGGGGAGGUGGCAGUCGUGGGGGGAGAGAAGCCAAGCUGUGCAUGAGGGGAGGAAGGCAACAGCUCUGGGAGGGAAGGGAUGGGAGGAGCGGGAAGAGAAGCAGGGGGAGGUGGUAUCUGGGGCGGGUGCAGCAAGGGGGGAGGAGAAGGAGGAGAGCCGCAAGCAGGAGUCGAAGGGAGGGUUUUCGAGGCCGUCGUGGCUGAGGGGUCUGAGGAAGCUCGCCUCUGCUGCCACCACCCCCUCCGCCUCACCUCAAAAGGUCUUCCCUUCUCCUGACCUUGAUCCCUCCUCCCUCCCCUCCUUGUCCUCGUCAUCCUCCUCCUCUUCCUCCUCUUCCUCCUCUUCCUCCUCCUCCACAUCCUCAUUCUCCUCUUCUUCUUCGUCCUCCAGCUCUACCACCGUUACCACUGUCACCACCUCCCCAUCGCCUUCCCUCUUUGACUCCCCUCUCAAGCCGACAGCUCCCAAGGAGCCCACCUUCCCUCGCCUCACCCCUCCCUCUCACCACCCCACCGCCAGCGAUUCCCCUACCAAGCCCUCCUCUCUCACCUCUCUCCCUACCAAACAGUCAUCUGAAUCUCUCCAGGCCUCCUCCCUUGCCUCUGCAUCCUCGCUCCCUAUCUCCUCCUCCGCCCUCUCCCUUGACUCCCCUCGUAGGGACUCGCCGCGUGCUUCAGCCAUUCGCCCCGUCUCUCCCUUUUUCCCCCCCAGCGGUGCCUCCCCUCCCUCCUCUCUCUUCGACUCUCCUACAAAGCCGCAGCCAACGUCUAUCCUCUCCUCUGCACCCUCCUCCUCCUCCUCGUCCUCGUCUGCAACUACUCUCUCCUCAUUCUCCUCCAUUGCCUACAGUUCAUCCGCCCUCUCCUCCUCCUCUCACUCCUCCUAUCCCUACCCUUCCUCUCUCUCAUCCUCCGUCUCCUCCUUUCCCGCUCUCUCGUCCUCUAAGGACGUCCUCAGUGGGGCGCUAGGAACAACCAAUAAUGACUCUCUCUCCGGCGUCUUAGGCAGUUCUAGAGACGUGUUAGCCGGCGCGUUGGGCGGCAGCAAGGCCUCGGCAGGUGCAACUGCCUUUUCCUCCAGUUCUAUUUUGGGAAAGUAUUCCUUUCCGGGCGGAGCAGGGGGAUCAGGGCUGGGCUCGUCAGCUGAUAUGGAGGCGAAGCUAGGGGCGGCUCUGGGCCUCCGAACCACCAAUACGACUGCGCUGAGUAGUACCAAUGGCACUCUACCCUCCUCCUCCUCUUCCUUCUCUUCCUCUUCCUUCUCCACCUUCUCCUCCUCCUCCCCCUCCUUGUCUUUCUCCUCACAGUCUGCUGCUAAGCCUUCCAUAGCAGCCGCUUACCGCCCCUCCUUCCUCCCACCUCCAGCCUCUGCCUCAGGCUCCCAGUCAUCCUCCUUAUCAGCAGGCUCGUUUACAGCAGCGCCACAGUCAUUCUCAUCCUCUCUUGCAGCUCCCAGCACCGCAGCUACGGCUGAGCAGAUGGCAAAACUACGCAGCGAAUUAGGGUUCCUUCCGCCCCCACCUACCCUCCCAUCCUCCCUGCAAUCCCGCCUGGCCCAACCCUCGCCAGACUCCAUACCUGUCCCGUCCAGACCACCCAUGGUAGACUCGCCGUUCUCCGGACCUGUGGGUUCGCUGUUUUCCAAACCUGCUGCUUCGGCCGAGCCUGUGAAGCCAGGGCAGUCAGAAGAGCAGGGGAGAGGCAUGGGUCAUGGACGGCCGAUGGAGGGGGAGGAAGCAGAGCUUGGUGGGAAGAGAGAGAGGGGGGAUAGGGAGGUGGAGGAGAGCGAGGGAGGGAAGGACGAGGGGGGUGGGGGGAAUGUGGACGAGAGAAUGAGAGAGAGAACUGAGGAAGGGCUGAAGUCUACCAAGGGAGCCGCGUCAAACGAUUUUGCAUCUCUUGAGCAGUACAUAGAGGAGCUCACCGAGGAGAAGUUCACGCUGCAGCGGCAGCUGGACGCCGCCCGGAUGGUGGCGGAGUCCCUGGCCAAGGAAAACUCCGCUCUCACUGACGACUUCAACCGACAGGCAAAGGGGUUGGAGCAAAUGAGGGAGGAGAUCAGCAAGCUCAAGGCAGAAGUGAAGGCACAGAAGGUGGUUAUGGAGUCGCAAGCAGUGAGCAAGGAAGCGGCGCAUCACGAGUCAUUAUCUGCCAUUGAGAGGUCUCAAGCGCUGGCAGCAGAGGUGGUGGCUCUAGAAGAGAGGGUGCUUCGGUUGCGGUCCAACGAGCUCAAGCUGGAGAGGCAGGCGGAAGGGCUGCAGGCAGAGGCGGAGGCACAGAGGCGUGCUGCGUCGAACUUCGAGGCUGAGAGGAAGGAGCUGCGCGCCGCUGUGGAGAAACUCAACGAAGAGAAGCGCCAGCUCAAGGUGCAGCUGAGGCGGGUUACAGUGGGCGGCGCGCUGGGUGACAUGUGGCGGGGCGACGGUGCGUCCACGUCAGCAGCAGCGCCAGCUGUACCAUCCGUGAGCCAAUCAACGUCAACAGAUGAGCUGGAGACAGCCUUCCCGAACUUAUCAGCACCUUCUGCCGAGGCAGGAGUCUCAGGCUCGGCAUCUGCUGCUGCUGAGGCAGCGGCUGUAGUCUCGGGUGCUGAACCAACCAGCGGAGCCUCGGUAGGGCCAGCAAGAGAAGACACAGGUUCGGCCGGACCUGCUGUGGAGGGUCGGGGGGCAGGGGAACAGGGGAGGAGGAGAGAGGAAGAGGAGGAGACUCUGGGGGAGGCUGGGAAGAGAGCGGUUGCUGAGGUUCGGGCACUGUUCAUGCGAAUGGAGGGCGGUGGGCGGCAUAAUUUGGAGGAAGUGGGCGAGCAGCUGGUGAGAAUGAUUACUGCUGCUGUAGGGGCGGCAGAGGAGGGUGCUUCUGCUGCUGCCGCUGGUGGUGGGAGGAGAGGGAGAGGAGGCCGGGAUAGGAGGGUGGGAGAGGAGGCCAAUCAAGAGGAGGAGGAAGAGGAGGAGGAGGGAGGGGUGGAUGAGUUUUUGUUGCUGCCCGCUCUGCUGCCCGGGUCUGUGGAUGUGUUGUCGGAGGAGGAGCAGAGGAGCGUGGAGAGCAUCAAUGCGCUUCUGGCAGAGAUGCAAGCUGAGAGGGAAAACAUGGCACGAGCACUAAGAGAGGAGGCUGCCACGUCAGCCGAGCUGAGGGCAGCAAACGAGGAGCUAUCUCACAAGCUGUCGUCACAGACCCAACACAUGGAGCUGCUGGUGGCUCAGACUGUCAUGGCUGCUGCUUCCUCUGCCUCCCGAUCUGCCUCCGCCGCUGCCAAUGCUGCCAAUGUGCGCACGCCACGUGUCUCCUCCUCCUCUGCUGCUGCACGAGCAUCCGCUGCUUCUGCUUCCUCCACAACCCCUCUUCCCAGGAGUUCGUCGUCCGCAGCUGCUGCCACUGCUAGUGCCGCCACUGCUGCUGCUGCUAGUGCUGUCACUGCUGCUGCUGCUAGUGCCGCCACUGCUGCUGUUGAUGCUGGUGCCGGUUCUACUCUCCCCCCUCCCAGCGUCCCUCCUGCCUUCCUCUCCCCAACCUCUAAGUCGCUGUCAGCACCUCUGCUGGCUCAAUCGGCCAACGGGCAACUGGGGCCGGCAAACAGACAGGUGUCGCCGGCCGCUGCUGCAGCAGCCGCUGCGUUGCUGGCAGGAGGGGGGCCGGGUGGUGCGGGUGUAAGUGGAGGGGGAGGGGGGCUGGGAUCACCGCGCACGCCUGGGGCAUCGGGAUAUGGAGAGUUCAAUGAUUACCUGGAUGAAGGGGAUGAGGUGGCUGAGGAGGUGCUCUCCUGGCUGCUACGGCUGUUCCCUAGUGGGAGACGCAACGGGCAGCCUGUACAAUGAGGGGGGGAGUGUUGGGGAGAGGAGGAGGAGGAGGAGAACGAGAGAUAGAGAUUAGAGACUGACUCACAGCACAAAGCCUGGCCACAGCUGUUCCUUAUUGGCAUGUCCAAUGGGCAACCUGUGCAAUGAUGGGGAAGUGGUUAGAUGGAUGACAGGUGAUGGUGACAAGGGGGAAAGGGUGUGAAAUUGGGGGAUAGGAUUUUGAGAAUCCUAAAAAACUCUCAGCUGGAUGUGCAAGGUGUGAGAGUAUCAAGUGCGUGUGGUGUGGACGCCCACAGAUCAGUGGGGCGGGUAACAUGGUGGGUUGCUGGGCUGUUGGCAGAGGAGGCAAACGUUGGUUUGAUCAGGCUAUGCAGCAAAGCGGAGCAGAGCAGAGCAGAGCAGACCAGAUGAGAUGUAAUUCAGGGUGCAAUGGGGGUGGGCCGCUGGGGAUAAAGACCCAGUCCAAGAACACUGGACUGCAGUAAUUAGGUUACGGAUCUCCAGAUAUGCACGUCCUGGUUUUUGGUAGGCACCCUGGUCUAUCAAUUGGUGAUGAUUAGGUCUCCUCUACUGUACUGUAGUGUUCAUGGGUGUGAAGUUGCAGCAUUGUGUAACCUAUUACCGGUAUAGAGUUUAUGUGUGCUAAUAUACAGAGGAUGAGGCACAAGUUAUUUCGUUGUGCUAUAUGCUAAAACACUGUA